AUGUCACAGACCCCACCCUAUACCCCGGUAUUUGAAGUGGCUUCGGCAACGUUUGAGGACUCAAAAACUGUCUCGAGCACGUCAGGCACUUCUCUUCGAACCGAUACGAUUACGGUUGACACAACGAAUGUCAGUAAUUCCGCUGCUACUGAUUCGUUUUAUUACUCGCCAACUUCCCCAGCGCCACACAAGUUCGACAAUACGCAUGAUCUUCUUUCGAAUCUGUUAGAUACCAAGUGUCAGGUAUCGUCCAAGCUACCCGAGAUUCCAAAGACUUCCUCUAAGACCAACUCGCCAGUUCCUUAUAAGCUGAAGACGGAACAUUUGGAAUCGUUUGUUCUUUCGCCCGAGGUGUUUGAAAUCAAGCUAGACAAGAUGAUCGGCAAGGGCUCGAACUCCUACGUUCAUCUGGCUACUUUGGCUACCAGAGAAGUGAACUCUGUGGCAAUGAAUAUCGCAAUAAAAAUUCCUACCGCUAAAAACAAGGUCAAGCUAUUGGAGCGAGAAACAGAGUUCAUGCUUACUUUGAGAGACUACAGAGACAGCAAGUGGUUCAGAAAGUUUGGCGACAGUUCUUUCCCGUUUGUUGAUGCCUAUGGACUUUAUUAUCUCAGCAAAUCACAAUUCCCAAUGAUGAAAAAGACAGAUACACUUCCAUGCUUGUUAAUGAAAAACUACGAUACAGACCUUUAUAAAUUCAUCAACGAGAAGAAGCAAACCACACAGGCUACUGAGCCGGCUAUUGGGCUUGAUAACUGGUACCAGCUUCUCGAUUUCAUUUUAAAGGGGCUUCAAGUUCUUCAAGACAUUGGGGCUGUCCACUGCGACAUUAAAACAGACAACAUAUUGGUGGGGACCACAUUAGGUCCACGUCCAAUAUUCAAGUUCAUUGAUUUUACGUCCUCUUCAAAAAUUAUAGAUAUCCAUGAACAGCCCGAAAUGACGUUGCAAUUCACACCUCCGGAACUUUUGAAAGACCAAACAAAGCUCCCCGAUUAUGCUACAGACCUGUAUAGUGCUGGUCUUGUGCUGCUGCAGGCGGCUACGGGACUCCCGCCUUAUAGCGGAUACGAUUACGAUCCGUACUAUCUUAUCAGUUUGGUGAAGGAAGGAAAAGUGUUUGAGUUGCUCACCCGAGAGGAAACCAACCGGAUCACGGGAAACAGUCAUGUGCACCAAAUUCUUGAUGCUAUUCUCUUGAAACGGCGCAGUUUAGAAGAAGUUAUAGGACUUAGUCAAUGA